UGCGGGUGAGGCAGGAGGGACAAAUAUGGCAAGAGCCUGGGUCCAGCCCUGGGGCUGCGCCCUGCAGGCUGUGCAGGAAAACAGGGCCUCCCGGGAACUGAGACCCUUUUCCGGGAGGGAGCAGCCAGGCUGUGUGGAAGAGUCCUUUGAGAGCUGGCUGGAGCACGCCAAAGACAUGCUGCAGCUGUGGUACCACGAGUCGGAAAGGGACAGGAGGAGGUGGCUGCUGGAGAGCUUGGGCGGCCCGGCCCUGGAUGUCGUGAGCGGCCUCCUGGAGGAAGAUCCCAACUUGUCUGCGCGGGACUGCCUGGCGGCGCUGGGGCAGGUGUUUAGGGACCGGGACACUCGAAUGACUUCUCGGCUGAAGUUCCUGACCUGCACGCAGGGGCCCCAGGAGGGGCUGUUCGCCUUCGUGGUGCGUCUGGAAGGCCUGCUGCAGAGGGCGGUGGAGAAGGGGGCCGUCCACCAUGCCCUGGCCAACCGCUUUCGACUGCGGCAGGUGCUGUCUCGGGCCCGCCCCAGCGAGGCUCUCCAGGAUACCCUGAGGGGGAUGCAGCUGGAUAGGAGGCCGCCCGGCUUCCUGGGGCUGCUUCGGCUCAUCCGGGAGAUGGAAGUGUGGGCGGCCUCCCCAGCGAGGAGCCAGCAGGGUGCAGCCUGGCCAGAGGCCCCAGUGGAGAGUGAAGACCCAGCUGCCUCCCAGAUGGCCCCUGCCCGAGGAGAUGUCACCCAGGCCUCCCCAGCCCGUGGGGAUGCCAGCGAGGCUGGUCCCGGAACAGAAGAUGCUGCUCAGGCCGAUUCUGCCACCAAAGACGCCGCCAGGGGUGCCUCUGCCACUGAGGAAGAUGAAAAUGCCCCUGCAGGCCUUAAAGGCCUAGGGCUGACAGGCCACCCCGAGGCCCCUGGCCCCUCUCCAGCCUGGAUGGGCAGUGCAGCCAACAUGGCCCGAGGAGGUCCUGUCUGUGAGCCAGAGGGUCUUGUCCACGAGGGAGGCCAGGAGGCUGACGAGCCCUCCCGGGGGUUUAAGUCCAUCCUGGAGGAGUUGGAAAAUGAGAAGGGGUGGGGGGAGGUGGGGCAGCCCAAAUCCUCCCCUGGCAAAUACACUCUGAGGGCCCCCUUCUCCCCGGAGGCCCCCAGGACAUUCCUGAGAGAUGGUGGGAAGGAGGUGACAGGACACGGCAAACGCUCACCUCGUGACCACGAUGGUGACCGUGACUGUGGCAGGAAGAACUGGACCACUGACAGAGAGGGGCUGCCCUGCCUGAGGCUCCCCAGGGAGCUUUUGUCCUGUGACGAUCCUGUGAAAGCCAUAAUGCAGGGCCCUGCCCCAGCAAAUGGGCUUGAGAAGGGGCUUCCUGAAGCCAGUGGAUACUGCCAGAGUCCACCGUCCUGGCAAGAGGCGGACCUGGGGCCCUGGGGAAGGAGGGAGGUGGCCGCAGGGCCUGAAGCAGGAGCGGGGGAAGACAAGGCACCUUGCCAGGAACCCAAGGAGGAGAGGCCCGGGAUCUGUGGCCUGUCGUGGCUGUUUGCAGUUUCUCUCUGUGUUGUGGUUCCCUUCUCUUCAAUGGUUUCGAGGGCGCGCGAGGAUCACGAACGGGUUGGAGGUGCCGGCUGCCCUUUCCCUCCCUCAAGGUCUACAGCUGAGGCCAGAAGGCAGAAACCAAGAACAAGAGAUUGGUGGGAAUUGCUGUGGCUACAGAAUUGCAGAACCAGGCUUGUUAAUUCUGGGACCCGCGCUGCUUUCAUUACACUCUAUCGCUUCCAGUUUCUGACGUCUUCCUUCUGUCAACACUUAGCGAGCCUGCUGGCUGUGUUGCUCUGGCAGUGA